AUUGAAGUUAUCAAUUCACAGGAAGUCUCAGAUGGCGAGCUCUGCCUCUCUGCUCCCCCCCUGUCUUAAGAGAGCCGCGGAGAAGGACGGACGACGUCGGUAAGAACUGGACAAUUGGCUCUUCUCCGACGACGAAAGGGGCGUCAAGACCCUCAUCGCAGACGCAGCGAAGGGGGAGGAAAAAACAGGCUAAGAGGUCCAGCUUCAUUUCCUCGGCGACGGUGAAGGGAAAGAGAAUAAACAGCAGUGGGGCAGAGGCUCUGUUUAGCGAAGGCGGGUCUUGGACAGAAGCCGGGAGAAAUCUUCCUCUUUCGAGUGUCAGCCGAAGGAGCGACAGAGGAGGAUAGUGCAGCGGAGCAAGCGUUGAGCGAUGGCCGACUUCGUUGUGAGGAGUGGGAAUAAGGAAGGUCCUCAGUGGUGUUUCCGGCCGAGGUUCUUGGCCUUCCUGACGCUGCUGCUCCUCGUCCUCGCCCACAGCACCUCCGCUGGCGUCCUCGGCAGGGAUAGGACCAACGACACCGACACACAGGAGGGCAGGUACGGCCAUACCCUCAACGGCGACGAGGAUAAACACCACUACACAGACAAAUACGGUUAUGGCGACAUGCACCAGCAUGAUAACGCAAGUCUAGAUAACAUCAUACCUGCACCCGAAGCACACACAGAUAACGCCAAUUUCGCUGUAUUGAUGAUAAUUCUCCUGCUGUUUCUGCUACCCUUAUGCCUUGGCCUCUGUUCCCGGCUUUGCAAAUACCUUUGUUCUCCUCGAAAGACAGUCAUUCGAGAGAUCUUAAUCAUACAGCGAAUUCCUGCUCGUGAAAAUGUCCCUGUUGAUGAUUUAGGAGCCGCAGCCCCCCUGUCUGGAGGCACGGAGGAUUCCACAGAUGAUGCUCCUCCUGCUUCUGCCGCUUUGGUUCCGAAAGCCUCCCUUGCGCCCCAAUGAGGACGGAAGCGUGCCUGAAGCACGCACGCUUCCUGGCUUGAUUAUGGGGAAUGUGGUGAUGUGAUUUUGCAUUCUCCUCUCUCUCUCUCUCUCUCUCUCUCUCUCUCUCUCUCUCUCUCUCUCUCUCUCUCUCUCUCUCUCUCUCUUACUGUGUGUGUACGUACGUGUCAGUGGAUUUCCUUCAACCGUCUGUGAGUUUGCGUGGUUGUGAAUGCACUUGUAUGCGAUUCACCGGAUGAUAUGUUUCUUGUCUUAAUCCUUCCUCUUGUUCAAUCGAUUAAACAUUAUCUUGAAACUAUACAGAUAACAUGUAUAUCGUUUGUUUCCACAAUUUUGUCUGAAUAAUAUGAAAGGAUAAGAGAAAAGAAAUAGAUGGGUAAAAAAUACAAACUAAUACGAUUAUAUGUGUGUGUGUGUGUGUGCGCGCGCGCGCGCGCGUGUGUGUGUGUGUGUGUUAUAUCCAUACCUGUCUUAGUUUUGUCAAUUGCUUAUCCUUCUUUAUCUUUUAUAAGCUCUUUUCCAUCAUUAUUUGUCUGCGUCUUGUUUUUCUGCUUCUUUCCUCUUCCUCUGCCACUUCUUCUUCUUAUAAGAUCUCUUUUUAUUCUUCAUUGUAUUAAUAAAAAUAUCGAUAUGCAUUUAUAUACAUACUUACACACACACAUACACACACACACACACAUAUAUAUAUAUACAUAUAUAUGCAUAUAUAUAUAUAUAUAUAUAUAUAUAUAUAUAUAUAUAUAUAUAUAUAUAUAUAUACACACAUAUGUGUGUGUGUAUGUGUGUGUGUGUGUGUGUGUGUGUGUGUGUGUGUGUGUGUGUGUGUGUGUGUGUGUGUGUGUGUAACGGGCCAAAAGAAUAUCAAAAUAAAAUGCCAGCCAUGCCACCCCAAGUUAAAUCAGGCUCCACGCGGUUUGAACGCCCUAUUUAUCUUUGUGCAAAAAAAAAAAACGAAAAAAAAACACAAAAGUGAAAAAGGACGAAAACAAAUUGAAAAAUACCUUUAGAAUUAAAAAAAAAAAAACGGCCAGUAAACGUUUAACAUCCCCCCUCGCUUUGUUGUCUUUCUUUCUUUUUCUCUUACUCUCUUAGCCCUUGUGUAAGAGAGUACACAAGGGGGCUAAGAAGGGCGCCGCUUGCCUGAACAUUCGUAGACACAAGCGAAAGCCAAGAAGGACCUGGACGAGAUCUGCGAGGAUGUCUGGACGAAUCCGAAGUCGAGGAGGACCUGCGUGAGACCUUCGAGGACGCGUGGACGGGCGGAUUUCACCAAGAACCAAGAAGAGGCUGACAAGGACAAGCACCCCAAGCUAAAUCGUGGCUUGCACGUCUGCCUGCGUGGGUUUCGACACCAGCGGGACACCAAGACGAAAAUUAAGGUCGGCCUUAUCUGACCUGUGAGAACGAGCCUCGUCGCCGGUUGGUCAAGACCUUCGCUCGGCCCUCCGCUGGCCGGGGGACACACCACUGCUUCAGUGGUUGCUCCCAGACUAUCGUAUCAUGUGUGUAUGACUUGUAAUCUUUCAUCAAUAAAGAGUUAAGCUAC